AGAGAAGUGGACAUCAAGUAAACUGUUUGGGGUUUAUGCCUUUUGAUAAACUAUAUAUUUGCGAACAUUAGUAGAUAAGAUGAUUGCUCGCUGUUAAUUACUAUAAAAAAUCGUAAAUUAAUUGAAUAUUACUUUUUUACUGCAAGGUUGAACUGAUGUAUACAUAUUUCCCUCCUAAAACACGAAACGUGUUAAAAUACAAACCAACUUUAUUAAUGUACGGCUAAAAUGAAGUUAUUUUUUGGUCAAAAAGUCACGAAGUCUUAUCUACAAAGAAGAUAUUUCAACCUCGAUGAUUUCUGGGAGAGAUCAUGGAAAAGGAGGGAUUUUGGUUCUUAUAACAUUGUAAAACCAGGUUUUGUUAGUGAGGGACGCUCAGUGCCAGAACGUAUCAAUCGGCCAUCAUACUUUGACACAUCAAUGCCACCUCCUGGUCCAGAUGAACCAGAAAUCAAGACAGAAGCACAGAUUAAGAAAAUGAGAGACAGCUGUAGACUAGCUCGGUUCAUGUUGGAUUCUGUUGGUAAAUACAUCAAGGUGGGCUGUACUACAGAUGAGAUUGAUGCUGUGGUUCACAGCCUGGCAAUUAACAAUAAUGCAUACCCAUCCCCUCUCAACUACAGGGGUUUUCCAAAGUCUGUCUGCACAUCUGUCAACAACGUAGCAUGCCAUGGAAUCCCUGAUGAUCGCUGUCUAGAGGAUGGUGACAUUAUCAAUGUAGACAUUACUGUUUAUCUCAAUGGAUUCCAUGGUGACUGUUCAGCAAUGUUCCUAGUUGGAGAAGUGGACAAAGAUGGCAAGGCAUUGGUGAAAGCAACAGAACAGUCACUAGAGCGUGCUAUUUCAAUUUGUCGACCAGGAGAGUUCUUUUGUAACAUUGGGAGUGAAGUGGAGCUAGUGGCACGCAAGGCUGGGUUCACUGUUGUACCAUGUUUCACUGGACACGGCAUUGGCAGCUACUUCCAUGGUCCCCCAGACAUAUACCAUUGCUAUAAUAAUUACCCUGGGAAGAUGAAAACUGGAAUGGUAUUCACAAUAGAGCCUGUACUGGCCCAAGGGUCACAUGAGAUAGUCAUACUGGAGGAUGGCUGGACAGCUGUUACGCUGGACAAUGGGCGGACUGCACAGUUUGAGCACACUGUCCUCAUCACAGAUGAUGGUGUAGAGAUCUUGACCAACAACGUUGCAUAGUACAAACUGUAAUAAUAGUAACAACCACAAUAUCAACAUGAAAGAUGUACAAACUUGUGAAGUGCCCCAAAGACUAAUGCCCCUUAAAAUACAGAUUGCAAGUGAUAUAUGGUAAUUGAUCUUUGAAAAAGUAAGCAGAUUCCCUUAAGGUUAAUUUUCUAGACACAAAAUAAUAUAGCAGCCAUAAGAACCGGAGUUAAAAAUAUAAAAUAUUGUAUUAAGCCAGAAUAUAAGGAUUUCUGCAAAUUAUGUAUAAAUGCUUGUAAGUCAUUACAAACAUGAUGAUGGUGAAAAUCAGGUUAUAUCAGAGAAAUACAACAUAGCAUCUGUACAUAUAUAGAAGAAUCUUCCCAGAAAUAAAGUAAUGAUACUAACAGCAGCA